AUGGAUGUGGAACUUCCAGCAUCAUCUGACAAUGAAUCACAACAACAAAAGUUCACUCUUCCUGUGGAUUCUGAACACAAGGCCACUGAAUUCAGAUUAUUUUCCUUAGCUAAACCCCACAUGCGUGCUUUCCAUCUAUCAUGGGUCUCUUUCUUUUCAUGCUUUGUAUCUAGUUUUGCAGCACCACCCCUCAUUCCAAUAAUUCGUGACAACCUCAAUCUCACAGCUACUGACAUAGGAAAUGCUGGGGUUGCAUCAGUUUCAGGUGCUGUUUUUGCAAGAAUUGCUAUGGGAACUGCUUGUGACUUGGUUGGACCAAGACUUGCCUCUGCAUCUCUCAUAUUACUCACAGCACCAGCAGUGUACUUCACUUCCAUUAUCUCUUCAGCUACCUCCUACCUCCUUGUUCGUUUCUUCACUGGCUUUUCCUUAGCCACCUUUGUCUCCACACAGUUUUGGAUGAGUUCUAUGUUUUCUGCUCCGGUGGUUGGUUCAGCCAAUGGAUUUUCAGGUGGAUGGGGAAACCUUGGAGGAGGGGCCACACAACUCAUCAUGCCCCUUGUGUUUUCCCUCAUCCGUGACAUUGGUGCAGCACAAUUCACAGCAUGGAGAAUAGCAUUCUUUGUUCCUGCUUUGUUCCAAAUGCUCACAGCUUUUUCCAUAUUGAUGUUUGGUCAAGAUAUGCCAGAUGGGAAUUUCCAUCGCCUGAAGAAGUCAGGGGAAAAACCAAAAGAUGAAUUUUCAAGAGUUUUGUAUCAUGGGAUUACAAAUUAUAGAGGGUGGAUUUUAGCAUUAACUUAUGGUUAUUGCUUUGGGGUAGAGCUUACCAUAGACAACAUCAUAGCUGAAUAUUUCUAUGAUAGAUUUAAUCUGAAACUUCACACAGCUGGAAUCAUUGCUGCAUGCUUUGGUUUAGCUAAUGUGUUUUCUAGACCUGGAGGGGGUUAUAUAUCUGAUGCAAUGGCUAAGAGGUUUGGAAUGAAAGGUAGGUUAUGGGCCUUAUGGGUGUGUCAAACCUUGGCUGGUGUGUUCUGCAUAAUCCUUGGCAUGGUUGGAUCUUUAAGUGUAUCCAUUGUUGUUAUGAUCAUAUUCUCUGUGUUUGUCCAAGCUGCAUGUGGGAUGACCUUUGGAAUUGUUCCUUUUGUCUCAAGAAGGUCAUUAGGGGUCAUAUCUGGAAUGACAGGUGGAGGAGGCAAUGUGGGUGCAGUGGUGACACAACUAAUUUUCUUCAAAGGAUCCAAGUUUUCAAAAGAAAGGGGAAUAACUCUAAUGGGUGUGAUGAUCAUAAUAUGCACCCUGCCAAUGUGCUUAAUAUACUUUCCACAAUGGGGUGGGAUGUUUUUUGGUCCAUCAUCUGAAAGGGUCACAGAAGAAGACUACUACUUGGCUGAGUGGAACUCAAAGGAGCAGGAGAAAGGUUCCCAUCAUGCAAGCUUGAAAUUUGCUGAUAACAGCAGAAGUGAAAGAGGCCAAAAACUCAAUACUUCAACCAGGCCCUCUGAGGAAAUCACACCACCACAUGUUUGAGGAAAUCCACUCCUCUUGAACGCAUUA